UUUGCUUCAUAAUGUUAGCGUUUCUUAAGUGAGGAGUUUGUCAUUUUUCUGUUUAUCUUUACUGAUAUGACCGACCUACUUUGUUAUUAAGCCUUGCGAUUAAACCCUGGAUGUAGGUAUCAAAUACGUAAAACCUUGACACGAAAACUAGUGUUUAACUCUUUGUAGUUCGCUUCAUGAAAUAAUUAUUGGCUGCAGGAUCGUAUUGUUCAACGACGGUUAAAGUUCAACAACGGUUUUGGAGUUUUGGAGUUAAAGUUUAAGUAGAGCAGGGGCUACAUGGAUCUCUUGCAAACCAAGUCGUGCACGCUUAUUAUAAACACAUAAUUCAUUUCGUUUAGGUAUUUUGGAGCUUGAGCUUGCAUAACAAUAUAGACAGUCACCAUUUAGUUGGAGCUGGAGUUAUUUGGAGCUGGCGUUAUUUGAAGCUGAAGUUAUUUUGAGCUGAAGUUAUUUGGAGCUGAAGUUAUUUGGAGAUAUAGUUAUUUGUAGCUGGAGUUAUUUGGAGCUGAAGAUAUUUGGAGUUGAAGAAAUUUAAGCUGGAGUAAUUUGGAGCUGGAUCAAUUUGAAGCCGGGGUUAUUUGGAGCUGGAGUUAUUUGGAGCUAUUACAAACCAAGUCGUGUGCACGGAUAUUUUUUUGAACAAUUUAAACAUGGAUAACAAAAUAUUUAUCACAAUGAACAUUGUGAAGGAGGACAUGGACCGCUACAAAUUUCUGAACCUUAAUUCAUGGAGAAGCAAUGGGCCGCUCCCAAAAGAGGCUUUACUGAAACUUGUCGUCGGGACGAAUACACUGAUUUGUACACCGACGGACGAUGUUGACAUGGAUGUUCUGAACGCAGCAGGGCCGAGUCUCCAAGCAAUCUGCACCAUAUCUCCGACGACCGAUCACGUUGACGUCAAUGAGUGCCGUAAACGGAACGUCGCCGUCGUGGAUAUGCCCUAUGCAACCGUCGACAACGCUUAUGACCUCACGUUGAAUAUUCUAGAACGUUUGAAUGCGCAUCAACUAAUGAUCAGAAGCCCAGAUGUCUCGCCUUCAAAGACGUAUUCAGACACGUUAUGCCCCGUCUGCUUUGACCGUGAACGUAACGUCGCCUUCCAGUGCAAUCACAGCGCAUGCGACAGGUGCGCGCGGCGCCUGACGUCAUGUUUCAUGUGCCGAGAACCUGUGCUGUCAUUGGUGGCUUUGUAUAACCUGGAUCGCUAGACACGUGUACAAUUGUUGGCAUUUCCCAAAGCAUAACAUAUAAUGGAAGCACAAUGUAGACUCCGCCUCUGUUGUGAACGUCACGUUGCUUUCACUGCGCGACGUAUGGCGUCAUGCCACAUUUGCCGGUGAUCGGUGCCAUUAUUCGUGACGUUGUAUUACUCGGAUCGCCGAUGGAUACCAAUACAGCGUUCUCUCAAUUCGCAAAGUCGUAUAACAGUUUUGUUAUGUGAAUGGCAGUGACCAUGUAAGGUGGACUGCGAUGAAGAUCCAUGGUAGUUUGUUGACCCCAAGCCCAGCCACUCUUGCAAAGUUAACUAUAGUCCUAUGCUUGAUACACAACGAACGCCUGUGUAAGGACUGUGGGCGGUGGUAGCCAUGCAUUUAUAAAUAACGUUAAUAUGCAUUAUUGCGAAAUGUAAACGUUUUCCCCAACAAUUGAUGGAUAUUGAAUAUUUCAACGUACGUCGUACGCAUUUACAAUGUAGCUUGUUCAAUAAACGUUUGGUAAACAGCU